UAUCUUUGACACGAGUAUCACCGGCCAUUGUAUAUUUAAAAUCGUGGUUAGACACGUGUAAGUGUUCUAUUUACUCGAAUUCAUAAAGCAGAUUUUUACUUUUGGUGUGUUGCCCUUCAUCUAAUGGGACGAAAAAGUCUGAUAGCGAAACAAUUGCUCGUCAGUUAGUACUUAUCUAGGAGGAAGAUUGUCUUCAUUUUCCAGGAGAGAGUAAAACUACCUCAAAAGCAAGAAAUGCCUCUUUCAGGGCAGGAAGGGAACGAGCAAUUACAUCAAUAUCAUCAGCAUAUGCAAAUAGUUGUACUGAUCUAGUAAAAAUGUGACCACUGGUAUUGAUGUUUGGAUCACGAAUAACUCUCUCAAGUGCAAUCUUAAAAAGAAGACAGGAGAGAGAAUCUCCCUGUCGAACACCUGUAAAUGUGUCAAGAUUUUCUGACAGGGACCCCAGAAACUUACACUUUGUAUCUUUCAAUGUUUUUAUCUUUUUUGUUUAAAAAGAAUUUCAGAAUCCAAUGAAGCUCAUGUUUUGUGAAGUGGUAAGAAUGAUCAGUCUAUAUAGAAUACUACCAUGGAUGAAAAGGAUGAAUUUAGGAGGUUCUCAUCCAGGUACAAGACUGAGAAAAUCAAAUCUCGAAAUCUCAGUGAGAAAAAAAGGAGGGAUCAAUUCAAUAUGCUCAUUAAUGAGCUUUGUUCGAUGGUCACAUCGAAUAGUCGAAAGAUGGAUAAAUCAUCCGUCCUGCGUGCAACUAUAUCAUUCCUGAGAAACCAUAAUGAGUUAUCUGUUCAGUCACAAAGUGUAAAAGUUCAAGAAAAUUGGAAACCUUCAUUUUUAUCAAACGAAGAAUUCACUCAUCUUAUGUUAGAAGCACUUGAUGGUUUUAUCAUUGUUUUUUCAUGUAAUGGCCAGAUUCUUUAUACAUCUGAAAGCACUGCAUCACUUCUUGGAUAUUUACCUAGCCGCAUCUAUUCAUCAGUAUUUGACAUUAUUCAUGAGGUUGAUAAAUCUUCACUAUAUAAAUUAAUUAGCAAUGCACCUACUACUUCAAGUAAUUCAUUAUCCAAAGACUCAUUUGUGAAAAUACUUCUUCAUAUGAAACGUGGACCAGUUCAUUCUCAAGGCUCAAACUCUUAUGAAUUAGUCCAAUUACUUGGUACAUUCUAUCACUGGCCGUCUUCUUACGAAGGUCCUAAUCCUGCAAGUUUUGACUGUGAUAGUAACAGCUGCAGCAGCAUUUGCUCAAUGCCUACAGGUGGGGUUGAAAUACGGUCAUGCUUUGUAGCAGUUGGAAGACUCCAGACUCCUCACUUAUUACGUAUUGUCAAUUUAUCUGAUGAUGCAAAAAAUGAGUUCACUUCUAGGCAUAGCCUAGAGUGGAAAUUCUUGUUUUUAGAUCACAGGGCGCCACCUAUUAUUGGUUAUCUUCCUUUUGAAGUUCUUGGCACUUCUGGUUAUGAUUAUUACCAUGUAGAAGACUUGGACAAAAUUUCUACUUCCCAUGAACUUUUGAUGCAGACAGGUGAAGGUACUUCUUGCUUUUAUCGAUUUCUAACUAAAGGUCAACAGUGGAUAUGGUUGCAAACUAGAUAUUAUAUAUCCUACCAUCAAUGGAAUUCUAAACCAGAAUUCAUAGUCUGCACACAUACAGUUGUGAGUACAGAGAAAGUUUUGAAAAGCCUUCAGGAAACACCUAAAAGAUUUUCUAAAAACACAAGUUCUCUAGACUUACCUCAUGCGUCUGCUACUCCCAGUCAAAGUGCCUGCUUAUCCCCUUCUCCUUCAGCUAGUUCUCUGGGAAGUAUGUCAUCUGAACACUCAGAACAAUGCUCCACAAAAGCUUCCUCUACAAGUACUCGCGUUAACACAGUAUUAUACUCAAACAAGCAGCGCCGAGAAAUGGCCUCUCCAGUUUCUCGGGCAUUUCAUUCUGCUCACCCUAUGUUACCUGAAAACUUUGUUGAACCUCAACAUCCAAUAUCUAAUUUUCAUCAGAGUUCUCAAGUAAUCGUGGACACGAGUGCAGCAAUAUCUUCUUCUGAUCCUGUAACAAUGCCGUCUCAAGAAAGAAGUGAUUUGUCCAGGCAGUUAUCAUCUGAAAGUGUUCCUCUUGUAUCUCAUUCACCUUCCCUUAUGUUGAACAAUGAAGAUCAUGUUCAACAAUCUCCGAAUGAAAGGUUAGCUCCUCCAAUGAACCAAGCACAUUUGCAAGAAUAUCUGCGGCGACGACAUCAAAUGCUGCAGCAACAAAUCAGACUUCAGCAAGAAGAGUUGCGUAGAGUGUCGGAGCAGCUUAUGUAUGUACAGUUUGUCCAACCCCCUCCUCCAACUCAUUCAAAUGUUCCUUAUCAGGUUUCAGGUGUAACAACCAUGCCAAGUUAUGUUAAUACUUAUUCUGUUGUACAACCUGGUCCAUCAAUGCCUCCUCCAAUGUCUGAAGAAAGCGUUAUUAUUAAAAACUUGGACAGUUACUCCAGGCCUACACAGUCUUCUCCAAGUACAUCUAGAACUUAUAUGAAUCUCGAGCCUGGCAUGUGUGGUGCUUCUACAAAUGCUAUGCCUCACAUUUCAGUAGAACAAAACAAUGAAGCUCUUGCUCAAAGUUACUCAAUGACUCAUCCAAUGCCCCCUAAUUCCUGAGACAUGCUUUUUCUUUUACUGAUUUUUUUCAGAACUAUUUUGCUGUUACAAACAUAGAGGUUUACUAAAGAAAACUGUUAAUUAACCUCUGAUUCUAGUCUGUGUUGUUAUCUGUUUGUUAGCGUUCACUGGUUCUCAUUUUUUCACACAAACACUUAUUUAAGAUUGACUUGUUUCUGUCAUAUUUUUCUGCAUGUAUACACAUUCAGUCAUAUCAUUGUAUAAACAUAUAUUUACAUAGAAUUUACCAUAAUUUUAAUCACCACAUAUUACUAUGUUUCUGAUUGAAUUUUUAGAGAUAAUUGUAAAAGGCAGGUCUAUGACCUCAUUUUAGAGACUUAUUUUUAUAUGACUUAGCACAGUGUAUUAAAUUAGCAAAUGUGAGACUCUUUUUGCAAAUUUCAGUCCUAAUCUUUACAUGAAAUGUUUGCCUGCUUUGAAUAAAGUGCAUGGAUAGUUGUACCUCAAUGUCAGACAAGUAUUAUACAUUAUUUAUAUACUAAUGUUAAAAUAUUUAUGUUUGUACAUAUUUGUAUAGAUAAUACAAUUAUAUUACAUGCCAUGCAUAUUAUUGUACAUUUAUUUUCAUGUAUCUACUAUAUUAUAAAUUAAAUAUGCAGGUAUAAAUGGCAUAAAUACAAGUACUUCCAUCCAUGUUAAAAUGAAACAGAAACCAUUUUUGAAAUCAACGUUACAGUGUAUAUGCCAAAUCUUAAUUUGUUGUACAGUUAUAUGAUGAUUGCUCAAAUUAUGUAUUAUAAAAAAAUGAGCUUUAAUUUCUGGAAGCUUGCAUAAGACUUAUUUUUUGGAAACAGCGUGAGAGUACAAAAUUUAUUUAGGUUGUGAUUACAUAUCAUUAGUUUUAGUAGCUAAUUAAAGUUAAUUAUUUAUUUAUAUAAAUGCAUUUUAAAAUGAGUUAUUGUGUUUUGUAAAAGGUAUUUUUCAAUUUAAAAAGUUACAUCUCGUGUCUAAACAUAUAAAAGAGCUUUGUU